UUUGCAUAUCUAAAGGUUGAAUUAGGAGACUUCAUGGCAUUUCUAGCUGCAGGAAACAUUUUAUUAGAGUACAUCCUUGGUGGUGCAGCCUUAGCUAGAGCUUGGACAUCAUAUUUUGCUACAUUAUGCGAUCACGUUCCUGAUGAAUUUCGUGUGACAGCACCUAGCCUUGGCAAAGAUUAUAAUCAACUUGAUCCAAUUGCGGUAGUUGUUGUUGCAGUAAUUUGUGUCUUGGCUGUUACUAGCACAAAGGUCUCAUCUCGUGUUAACUUCUUUGCAACCAUCAUCCAUAUGGUCGUCAUAGUUUUCAUCAUUAUAGUUGGCCUUACAAAAGCAGACAUUUCAAAUUAUAAGCCAUUUGCACCAUAUGGUGUUAGAGGUGUAUUUCGGUCUUCCGCUGUUCUAUUUUAUGCAUUUGUUGGAUUUGAUGCUGUUUCCACAAUGGCGGAGGAAACAAAAAAUCCGAGUGAAGAUAUUCCCUUUGGUCUGAUUGGAUCUAUGGUUAUUGCAAUUGUUUCCUAUUGCUUAUUAGCAAUUACCGUUUGCCUUAUGCAACCUUAUUCACAACUUGAUCCUGAUGCUCCAUUCUCAAUUGCUUUUCAAAAAGCCGGGCUCGGAUGGGCAAAGUACGUUGUGGAUAUUGGUGCUCUUAAAGGCAUGACAACUGUGUUACUUGUUAAUGCUAUGGGUCAAGCUCGAUAUUUGACGCAUAUUGCUCGAACCCAUAUGUUGCCUCCCUGGUUUGCACAAGUUAAUAGUACAUUUGGGACUCCUGUUAAUGCAACUGUUGUAAUGCUCAUUAUUACUGCUAUCAUUGCCUUAUUCACCGACCUUCUUGUUCUUUCUAAUUUACUAUCAAUUUCCACAUUAGUUAUGUUCAUGAUGGUUCCAGUGGCUCUCUUAGUUCGAAGAUACUACGACGCAAAUGUAACCUCAUAUAUUAAUCGCAUCAAAUUAUUUUGUUGCAUUGCACUUAUACUUAGCUCUGCUAUUGGAAGUUCUAUAUACUGGAGCAUCAACGAUACACAUUGGAUAGGAUAUAUCAUAACAACAUCUAUUUGGUUUAUAUCAACAUCAUUUUUAAAGAUAUUUGUACCACAAGCUAGAGAUCCUAAGAUAUGGGGUGUGCCAUUAAUGCCAUGGGUGGCUUCAGCUUCUAUUUUCAUCAACAUCUUUCUACUGGGCUCAAUUGAUAAGGAUUCUUUUACAAGAUUUGGCAUAUGGACUGGAAUCCUUAUGGUUUACUACCUGUUUUUCGGAUUACAUGCUUCAUACGACAUUGCUAAAGCUACGGAGGAUAAUAAUAUGCGCGAUUUGAAAAAUUUGAAAAUGAUUGAACAAAGUGAUUAGAAAUCUAACAUAGA